GCGGUUGAGUGGAGUGCAAUGGCGAGCCACCGUUUUCGAAAGUGAAUAUACAAACGAACAACAAUUUUCAAACGACCAGGUGGAAGUUGAUGUUAAGUUUGUAUUGUUAUAGUCGACAUUGACAGUGAGAAGAGAAUGGCUGUUCGGGUGGCUCGCAUUAUUUUAUCAUAGCAAUUUCAAGAGUUUGGUUCGUGCCAGCGCACAACCGUUUAUUUUAAUCCGAUCCGGAAUUUGUUCAUUUAUUUUUAUUGCUUGUUUUUAUAAUCCCAACCAACAGCGGCAAACAGUGUAAUUUGCGGUUUGAAAUCAAAUUUUAUACGCAAUCAAAAUAAUGUGAACCAGAUUUUUUGGGAUUCUUACUCUUUUUUAUAAAACGAAAGCAAAAACACUUUUUCAUUCAAUCGAAAUUAUCUUUGUCGUAAAUUUUAAGUGUGUGGGUGCGUGUUUUUCUCUUUCUGAAAGAGAGAUUAACUACAACAUUAACAUUAUUGAGGUGUCUAUUUCACAAAAUAAAUGUAUCAACGAUUGACGAAAAAUGUAAUUUGUUCAUUUGUAAAAGUGGAAUCGAGUCCAGGUUUCUGAUGAAGUUUGGCAUCGAUACCAAGAGAGAAAAAAAGAAAAUCAAACGAAUGAAGCGCUUACUUUCGUUAUAAUGUCAGUUGAAUAAAAUAAAGGUGAAGGAUACAUCAUUUACACAUACGCCAUAUCACUGAAUUGAAACAUACAAUUAUUAUCGUGUAUCAGUGCUGAGUUGUGAUCAUCGCAAGACCGAAGUGAACUGCGUGUGAUUUGUCGGACGAAGCAAUAACACCAAAUGUAAAUGGAUAAUGGGGAUUUGCUUGGAUACAGAAGCAAAUUCAACAGCACCUGAUUCUGAAGAAGCUGAGUGGAAAGGACGAGGCGGUGAAAGUAGAUCUGGUACAUCGAAAACGUCAGCCGCUGGAAUGUCUGUACUAAACGCAGGAAAAGUUAAAUUUGAUCCACCUUCGGUGCCUGUGAUAUUUGUGCUGGGCGGUCCCGGGAGUGGUAAAGUGACACAUUGUGAUACACUGAUGGAAGAAAAACGUGGUGUUACGCAUAUCAAUAUGAUGGACCUUUUACAUCAGCACGUUAUUAGCAAUGAUAUGGUGGACUUUUCGCAACUAUCAUCAAAAAUGGUGACGGAAGUUUUGAUGCUGGAAAUCAAAAUGGCACCAGCCGCAAAAGCAUAUCUUAUUUCUGGGUUUCCUCGGUCAAUGCGUGACGUUGUAGAAUACUCUGAUAAGAUUCAAGUUGUUAGUGGCGUUGUAAUGAUAUCGUGGCGACAGCAAAUUCUACAAAAGCAAAUCGAUUACGGCGUCAAGCUCGGGCAAGUGGUGCUUUCGUUGGCAAAAAUGGAAUUGGAAAAUUUCUAUAAGAAUGUUAUUCCGGUUAGCGAGUACUUUGACCAGAGUGGCCUUUUGAGUGUUGUGAAUGGUGAACGCAAUCCAGUCGAAGUGUACAAAGAUUUUCGAAGUGCAAUUUUUGAAAUACUCGGCUCGCAGGAUAAUCAAAAUGCACUGCUGAACGGUGUGGUUGGCAUGGGUAAGGGAAUGAAUGAAAUACCCGGGACGAUUGUUAGUGUUGAAACGGCUCCAGAAGGAAAUGCUGAAGAUGAAGCCCAGACAUCGGAAACGGUUGAGAUAUCCGUUAAGCCACCAACACUUGGUAUCAAAACGCCACCCAUUGAAGUGGUACGAAUUUUGGAACAAUCACCAACUCCAAAUAAUAAUGUUGACUUCUCGAAUUUACCGCCAAUUAUUUGGGUGAUUGGAGGUCCUGGGAGUAACAAAAGCACAUUGUGUUUGAAAGCAGUUGCGCUUAAUCAAGGCUGGAGCCACUUCAGUAUUGGUCGUAUCGUUCGUGCUAUUGCUGAAUCGGAUCCGAAGGCAAAUACGGAAAAUCACAAAAUUAAAAAUGCAAUCGCCGCUGGCGAAAUGAUCAAUAAGCAAUCAAUACAAAAAAUCCUUGAAACACAUCUGGUGAAUCUGUCGGAUAAAAAGGGCAUUAUUAUCGAUGGAUAUCCACGUGAUAUCAAACAAGUGUCGGAUUUCGAGGAAAAGUAUCAUCAAAAACCGCCGAUAAUUCUAUUGGAUUGUUCGAAAUUGCAAUUGGGACGUGGUCGUUUAGAUGAUACGGUGUCUUCGUUCCGCCGAAGAUUGGAACAAUUUCGUGAGCUCACAUUGCCAAUGUUAAAAGUGUUGGAUGCCGAAGGUCGUUUGGCAAUUGUCGAUGGUGACACCGACAAUGCAUCUGUGCAACGGGAAUUUGAGCGAGUGAUUCGUCAACAUACGUCUCGUUUAAAUCAUGAAGUGGCAUACAAACCGCAAUCGAUGCCACGACAAAACAAUCAACCAAAGAUCCAACAACAACCGCCGCAACAACAACAACAACAACAAAAUCACGAUUCAAUAGUCGAGGACUUGGACAAUAUGCCCGGUGCCGUGCCAACAAUUAGCAAUCACAUUAGUCUUAUUCACAACAAUAACAAGGGAUCAAUGGAAAACGACCACUUAAACAAUAACUCGAAUCAUGUGUCCAAUCAUGUCGGCAAUAAUCAUGUCAACGAAACAAGAGCUACGGCAAACCCAACGAAAACGUUCCGUUCGAUGCUCGAAGAAUCGGAAACAUAUGCCAUCGACGAUGCAUAGAAUCGAAAUCACACACUAGAUACCAACACAUGCACUCCGGCAAUUCAAAAAACAAACCAUCAUUUUUGUUGUGUUCAGUUGCAGUUGGACUGACAAUUCAUAGUCCUCAUUCUUUAAACAAAUUUUGUUGAUUUUUCGUUUUUAAAAUAAUUUUUAGUGAAUUAAUCAAUUUUUAGAGAGAUGCAGCUUUUAAUAAACAAAAAAAUAUAGAUAAGUUAUCACACAUAAAUACACACCCACAGAGAAUAUUGUUAGUUAGCAAACCACCGAAUUUGAUCGCAAACACGUUUCUAACUAUGCUUCUACGACCACAAGACCUAAACAUUUCCAAAUGUCAAUUUUUUGGAUGAAAAUUGAUAGAUUUUUUUUUAUAUUACAAGACAAUUUACCAACGCGCCUUGUCCUUCCUCUCUUAGCAAAUCGAAGUUGAGUCUCUCCUUUUAUUUGAAAUACUAGACGUUUUCCUACCUAUGCUCGAUAUCAAAUCUCGUAUCCGGUUUUAUUUAAGUGUUAGACUAUUUUGAAUGGAGUGUACAAUCCUUUGUUACACUUGCUCUCAAUUAGAGGCAAAUUGUUAUGUCUUGACAAAUGUGCAUCAAGUGAAAGUUCUAGUUAGCAUUCGUAAUAAAAGCAAAAAAAUAACGUAGAAUUUUGUUACUCAAUUGCAAUGAAAGAAGAAGAAAAAACAAAAAUGCAAAACAAUUUUCACAAUAUUAUUAUCCAAAUAUGCUCCGUUAUUUGUUCAAGUUCAAGUUGAUCAAACAGAUUAUUUCUAUAUCAUUACUUUUGUGCAGGUUUUAAGUUGUUUUUCUGUUAUAAUGAGUUUUUUUCCUUCAAUUUCGAGUGAUGAAUCGAGUCAAUGUUACCUAAUGCAAAAUAUCAAUUUACAGUUACUGUGCCAACUUAUUAAAAAAAAACAACAAAUUUAACAUGAGAAAGUAGUAGAGAUGAUUUGAUUUUAAACGAAACCAAUUCCUCUUUAAUAAUGUCAUUUGAUAAAAGAUAAUAAUAUUUUCUUUCAAGAAUUUUCGAAAA